GCCUGGGCGGGAAGCGCUGGACGAGUCCACUGCAUGACCGCCGCGGGGGAAGCGUGGGCUCCCGACUCUACCUCCCCUUCCAAGUGAAGGUUUCCGCUCCUGCAGAGGAGGCGGCGCCCGGGGUCCGGCGUUGUGCUCGCUGGACUGCGGGCGUCUGGACCCGCCAUUGUUGCCGGGAAGGGAGGGGUGGGCGUGGCAGAGCUCCUCGGCCCACUCUCCCGGGUCGGCCCCGCUUGCCCAUCCUGCAGGAGCCGCGGCGCCAAGAUGAGCGGAGGGGAGAACCCGGCCAGCAAGCCCACGCCGGUGCAGGACGUGCAGGGCGACGGACGCUGGAUGUCCCUGCACCAUCGCUUCGUGGCCGACAGCAAAGAUAAGGAACCCGAAGUCGUCUUUAUCGGGGACUCGUUGGUCCAGCUAAUGCACCAGUGCGAGAUCUGGCGGGAACUCUUUUCUCCUCUGCACGCACUUAACUUUGGCAUUGGCAGUGAUAGCACGCAACAUGUGCUUUGGCGGCUGGAGAAUGGGGAGCUGGAACACAUCCGACCCAAGAUUGUGGUGGUCUGGGUGGGUACCAACAACCAUGGGCACACAGCAGAGCAAGUGACUGGUGGCAUCAAGGCCAUUGUGGACCUGGUGAACCAGCGGCAGCCCCAGGCCCGCGUCGUGGUGCUGGGCCUGCUUCCGAGGGGCCAGCACCCUAACCCACUUCGUGAGAAAAACCGACGGGUGAACGAGCUGGUCCGAGCAGCACUGGCUGGCCACCCACGAGCCCACUUCCUGGAUGCCGACCCCGGCUUUGUGCACUCAGACGGUACCAUAAGUCACCAUGACAUGUACGAUUACCUGCACCUGAGCCGCCUGGGCUACACACCUGUCUGUCGAGCCCUGCACUCCCUGCUUCUGCAUCUGCUGGCCCAAGAUCAGGGCCAGGGGGUCGCCCUGCCAGAGGCCACACCCUAAGCAUUCUCCCUCUCCAACAUUAAAUUUUCAUUCCUCA